AGGGAGGCGCAGGAGGUGGGACCUGCGGGCGGGAAGACUCCGGACGCCGGCGCGCGAGGAGCGGGGACCCGGGAGAGCUCGCAGCCCAGAGGAGGAGCUGGAGGGGGAGCGGAGCGCGCGGCCCGAGAACUGGAGGCAGCGGUCCCGGCCGGAGGCGCAGAGGGGCGGCGGGGAGCAGCAGGGCCGGGAGAGUCCCACUCGGAGCCGAGGCCGGGGGAAUCUGGGCUCACGGCCCCGAGGCUCGGCAGCUGCCGUCGCCCAGGAGCAGCAGCUGUGCCCGGGGUCCCGGCCGCGGCGGCCGCGGGAGGAGGAGCUGCAGCUGGACGGUGGCAGCUGGAGGAGGGGCCGCGCCGCGCGGGCUGAGCCGCGCUGGGAUGUCCCGCUGACCGCGGCAGUCAUGCAGCCUUGACGGGGCGCUCGAGCGCGGAGACCAGCCGCGGGGCGCGCCCUCCCGGGAAGGGGCAACGGGCGCGGGCAGCAGGACUUUACCGCCGACUCCAGCCCCGCUGCGUGCCCAGUCAUCCACCAUGGAGCCCGUGACCAAGUGGAGCCCCAAACAAGUGGUGGACUGGACUAGAGGGUUAGAUGAUUGCCUGCAGCAGUAUGUCUACAAGUUUGAACGGGAGAAGAUAAAUGGAGAGCAGCUGCUGCAGAUUUCCCAUCAGGAUCUUGAGGAGCUGGGUGUCACACGGAUUGGACACCAGGAACUUGUGUUGGAGGCUGUCGACCUUCUCUGUGCACUGGUUAGUUCAGGAAAAGAAUUAUGGCCUCGAAACUGACAAUAUGAAAAACUUGGUUCUGAAACUACGAGCAUCUUCCCACAAUUUACAGAAUUACAUAAGCAGCCGGAGAAAAAGUCCAGCCUAUGAUGGGAACACCUCCCACAAGCCCCCCAAUGAGUUCCUGACUUCUGUGGUGGAGCUCAUAGGUGCUGCCAAGGCCUUGUUAGCUUGGCUGGACCGGGCUCCAUUUACAGGGAUCACUGAUUUCUCAAUAACGAAGAACAAAAUCAUUCAGCUUUGCUUGGACCUGACCACUACAGUCCAGAAGGAUUGCCUUGUAGCAGAAAUGGAGGAUAAAGUUUUGGCUGUAGUCAAGGUUUUAAAUGGCAUCUGUGAUAAAACAAUCCGAUCUACCACGGAUCCUGUUAUGAGCCAGUGUGCAUGUCUGGAAGAAGUUCACUUACCAAACAUUAAACCUGGGGAAGGCUUGGGCAUGUACAUCAAAUCAACCUAUGAUGGAUUGCACGUGAUUACUGGAACCACAGAAAAUUCUCCUGCAGACAGAUCUCAGAAGAUUCACGCCGGUGAUGAAGUGAUUCAGGUCAAUCAGCAAACUGUGGUGGGAUGGCAGCUAAAAAAUCUGGUGAGAAAGUUGAGAGAGAAUCCUACAGGAGUUGUGUUACUGCUUAAGAAGCGGCCCACGAGUUCCUUCAACUUCACUCCCGCCCCCCUGAAAAACCUACGAUGGAAGCCGCCUCUGGUCCAGACCUCGCCUCCGCCCACAACCACUCAGUCCCCGGACAGCACGAUGGAUGCCUCACUGAAGAAGGAGAAGCCAGCCAUCCUGGAUCUUUAUAUCCCUCCUCCACCGACCGUUCCCUACUCCCCCCGGGAAGAGAAUGGGAGUUCCGUUUACGGAUUCAGUAAAUGUAAACAGCCACAGCCUGUCCCUAAGGGUUCUGAGUCCCCCAAUUCCUUCCUGGACCAGGAAAGCCGGAGACGGAGAUUUACCAUCGCUGAUUCCGAUCAGUUGCCAGGGUAUUCCGUGGAAACCAAUAUUCUGCCCACAAAAAUGAGAGAGAAAACACCAUCCUAUGGCAAGCCCCGGCCUUUGUCCAUGCCUGCGGAUGCGAGCUGGAUGGGGAUUGUGGACCCUUUUGCUAGACCUCGAAGUCAUGGGAGGAAAAAAACAAAACAAAUUGUUGGAAAACCUCUAGAAGGUGAGGACGGCCUUUGCCGGUAUUUCAGUAACGAGCGGAUCUCUCCGAUCAUCGAAGAAAGGUCAUCCCCCCCAUACCGUUUCUCAAGGCCCACGACCGAGAGGCAGCUGGUCCGAGGUGCCGACUACAUCCGAGGCAGCAGGUGCUACAUCAGCUCAGAUCUCCACAGCAGCGCCACGAUUCCAUUCUCGGAGGAAGGGACCAAAAAGAAAGCCAGCUCCUCAGCAGCCAAGUCCUCUUCUCCAGAACCGUCCCUGCUGGUCAGCUGGUUUACUCGCCUGAAACUGUUGACUCACUGAGCCCUGCGUUCCCGGGACCCUCCCUGUCUCCUGCUACCAAGUGCCUUGCGUCCUCAAUCAGCAACUUGUUUUGAUUUUCAUCCACAGUAUUAUGCAGCGACCUUAUGCGAUUUCGUGGGUUUUCUUUUUUCUUCUUCUUCUUUUUUUGUUUUUUUUAAGUUGUAUACUGCACUUGGAAUUUUGAAAUCAUUGGAUGGGAACAAAUCCAGAGAAUCUUAGAUGCUGGCUUAUGGAGGCCAAAGGAGAGAAAUGGGGAGAGUCCGCUUUUUCUUUUUGCUUCCUUGAGAGUCAGAACACGGAGACACACUCCCUAAACCAGAGCCUUGGCCAGGAAUCUUAUCGUCAUUAGGAGGAUCUGGGCCAUUGUUCUUCUUAGGGGGGUGGGACUACAGUUGGUGGCCAGUGUCACACAGAUGUGUUGGUUUUUGGUCCAACCUCUUCACCUGAAAAAGCCAGUGGAGAAAACAGUUUUGUUUUGAUCUUUCAAGCUCCAUGCCACAUGUGUAAGUGUAGCAGCUUUGACUUUGAAAUAACACGUGGGAAGCAUCUGAUGCUCUUUCAGAGCAGAGGUUUGAGUGUAGGCCAGUUACACUUAGUUAAUGCCCUUUUCAUAACAGUCUCAGUGUAGGUCAGUUAAUACAGAAGCACGUGAAAAGGUUUAGAUAGGGCUUACUACACACAAAGACGUUUAUGGUUAUUUGUGAAGGGUGUUGUAUAUUAUUGUCUUUAAGGGAAAAGAAGCUAUAAGAUUUGCUGACAGCCAAAGUAUCAUUGAGAAAAAUGAAACAACCAUACUUAGGUUUAUGAGAGAGACAUCAGUUUGCAUUUUGACCUGUUCAAUGACUAUCUUCUAGAAAAGAAUGGACAGUUCUUCAAAACUGUACACAUUUUGCUAAUUAGAAAUCUCUUGGAAAAUCUCACGGUCACUCAUUUUCAACUAGCAUCAGGUAUUUUGGAAAAGUGUGUCUGGAUAUUAACUCUUGUUUAAACUGAAUGUAUGAUAUUUUGCUAGAAUGGAAAAGUACUAUCUUGUUAAUUUAAGUGUUUUAAAUAUAGUUGUAUAUUUUUCUUACUCUUAGUCACAUGUAAUUGAUAUAUUUCUGUUUUGUGUCCUACAUGAAGCUAACGAAAAAAGUGUUCAAAAUGUUUUCAGGUUUACCAGUGACCACCUUGGCUGUUGCCACUGCGGGCACUAUUGUUAAAAAAACAAAAUAAACCCUCCCAACCAUU